CAUUUUGUGUCGAGGGGAAAAUAAACCAUUUCAGGAGUGAAAACACAGUUGUUUUAGGACUUGAUACCGUGACUAUUUCCUGUAAGAGAACUCUGUGCUGAUACAGGGUUUGAUUUAACACACCGAUGUUGGAGUGAAGUAAACGUGUGUCCUGCUGUAAUCUGGAGAAGGAGACAUGACCUCCAACAUGAGUGUGUCUGGAAAACAAGACUUAAAGAAAGACGAGAGAAUGAUGGAGGGAAAGAGAUCAGACUCACCAGAACCCAGCUGUGUGUCCAUGAAGAGUGACCAGUCAAUGGGACUUCCAAUGACCUUCAGAGACAGAGACAGAGACAGUUCUACUGAUGUGAGACCACAAAAGAAGAAAUCAAACAACAGCAGAAAUCAGUUGGAGUCCAUAUUCAAGGAGCUGGAACACAAAGUCAUCACUCUGAUAAAGAAUGAGCUGAAGAGGUUUAGGAAGCUCCUGAGUCCAGAUUACCCAGCAUGCACUGAGAGGGAGGUGGAGGAUGAGGAGGAUCUGCACAGUGUCAGAGAGGGAGCACUGAAGAUCACACUGCACGUCCUGAAGAACAUGAACCACACAGAUCUCGCUAACACACUGCACAACAAGUCUGUGGCCUCUGUGUAUCAGCCAAAGUUGAAAUCCAACCUGAGAGAGAAGUCUAAAAGAAUUAAUGAAGGAAUCUCACAGCAUGGAAGCUCAGCGCUUCUGAAUGAGAUCUACACAGAGCUCUACAUCACAGAGGGUUGGAGUGGAGACGUCAAUAAUGAACAUGAGGUUAGACAGAUUGAGACAGCGUCCAGGAGACCAGCAACACAGGAGACACCCAUCAAAUGUAAUGACCUCUUUAAAGACAAGACCAUCAGAACUGUGCUGACUAAAGGAGUUGCUGGAAUUGGAAAAACAGUCUCUGUGCAGAAGUUCAUUCUGGACUGGGCUGAAGGAAAAGCAAAUCAGGACGUCUUCUUCAUGUUUCCACUUCCCUUUAGAGAGCUGAAUUUGAUGAAGCAGAAAAAUCUCAGUCUGAUGAAUCUUCUUCAUCACUUUUUCCCAGAAAUGAGAAAACUACAAUUAAUAGACUCUUACAAAGUGGUGUUGAUCUUUGAUGGUCUGGAUGAGUGUCGACUUCCUCUAAAUUUCCAGAACAAUGAGAGAUUGUGUGAUGUGACAGAGUCAGCCUCAGUGGAUGUGCUGCUGACAAACCUCAUCAAGGGGAAUCUGCUUCCCUCUGCUCUCCUCUGGAUAACCUCUCGACCAGGAGCAGCCAGUCAGAUACCUCCUGAGUGUGUAGACCAGGUAACCGAGGUACGAGGGUUCAAUGAUCCUCAGAAAGAGGAGUACUUCAGGAAGAGGAUCAGUGAUCAGAGCCUGGCCAAUAAAAUCAUCAGACACAUGAAGUCUUCAAGAAGCCUCUACAUCAUGUGCCACAUCCCAGUCUUCUGCUGGAUGUCAGCCACUGUUCUAGAGAGAAUGUUGGGUGAAGCAGAGAGUGGAGAGAUCCCCAGGACUCUGACUGAAAUGUUCACACACUUCCUGAUCUUUCAGAUCAAACACAAGGACCAAAAGUACCAUCAGAAAUGUGACCCUGAUCCUCAGCAGACCAGAGAGAGUAUCCUGGCACUGGGAAAACUGGCUUUCCAACAGCUGGAGAAAGGAAACCUGAUCUUCUAUGAGGAAGACCUGAGAGAGUGUGGCAUUGAUGUCAGAGAAGUGUCAGUGUACUCAGGAGUGUGUGCCCAAAUCUUCAGAGAGGAGUUUGGGCUUCACCUGGGGAAGGUGUUCAGCUUUGUACAUCUGAGUGUUCAGGAGUUUCUGGCUGCUUUAUAUGCAGUUUUGUGCUUUCAUUUUAGAAAAGCAAAUGUGAUAGUGAAGCAAAGCACUGGAAUUUUUAGUUUAUUCAGAAAACCAAACAUGUCUGAUUUCCUCAGGAGUGCAGUGGACAAGGCCUUACAGAGUGAGAAUGGACACCUGGACCUGUUUCUCUGCUUCCUUCUAGGUCUCUCCCUGGAGUCCAAUCAGACUCUCUUACGAGGCUUAAUGCCACAGACAGGAAGCGGCUCUCACAGCAAGCAGGAAACAGUCGAGUACAUCAAGGAGAAGAUCAGGGAGAAUCCAUCUCCAGAGAAAUCCAUCAAUCUGUUCCACUGUCUGAAUGAACUGAAUGAUCAUUCUCUAGUGCAGGAAGUACAAACUUACCUGAACAGAGGUUACUAUUGUCUUAGUUUAAUCAGUCUCUCUCCUGCUCAGUGGUCAGCUCUGGCGUUUGUGUUACUGAACUCAGAACAGGAGCUGGAUGAGUUUAAUUUGAGGAAAUAUGACCCAUCAGAGGAAUGUCUUCUAAGGCUGCUCCCAGUGGUCAAAGCCUCCAGAAAAGCUGUGCUGUGUGUGUGUAAUCUGACAGAGGAAAGCUGUAGAGUUCUGUCCUCAGUUCUCAGCUCAAGGUCCUCCAGUCUGAGAGAACUGGACCUGAGUAAUAAUAAACUACAGGAUUCAGGAGUGAAGCUUCUCUCUGCUGGACUGGCGAAUCCACACUGUACACUGGAGAAACUGAGGCUGUGUGACUGUAAUCUGACAGAGGAAAGCUGUAGAGUUCUGUCCUCAGUUCUCAGCUCAAGGUCCUCCAGUCUGAGAGAACUGGACCUGAGUAAUAAUAAACUACAGGAUUCAGGAGUGAAGCUUCUCUCUGCUGGACUGGCGAAUCCACACUGUACACUAGAGAUACUGAGGUAUAUACACACACACACACACACACACACACACACAUACAUACAUACAUACAUACAUACAUACAUACAUGCUUAAGGUAGAUGGGCAGCUUCAUUAGUGGUUUAUAAUUUUUUAUGGUUUAAGUCUGUAAUGCUCGACUGGGUUCAUGCUGCAUUUCCUCUGAAUAGCAAACACAGUAAACAGAAAAGCUGUAAUUCUUUUGUUUAAACUGAAAAACACUAAACUCACGGUUCUGUCGUCUGUCAUUUUGUGUAAUUUGUACUUUGAUUAGACAAUGUGUGCUCAAUCUAGAAAAAAAAAAGUUUCCUCUCCAAACACAUUUUAGGGAAAAAUAAUGAGAGUAAAUAAUCCUCCUCAGUCAUGUUCAUUACACUCACAACUGCGUCUGUAACACGACUGCUGAUGACGUAUACCGGACACAUCACUGAAAUAGGAUAAAAGAUUAUAGCUCUAAUUAAACUCAAGUGUAUGAGGUGUCACUCCUUGUAAUCACAGAGACAACCUUAAACCACACCUCGCUCAGAUACAGCAGAUGGGAUGAUACAUGAAAGCUAAGCUAAACGCUAUCCAGGUGAAGCUAGCCACGCUAACAAUGAGCAUGAACUCAAUAAACUCAAAUCAACUAGCUAGAGUCGAGUGUGAAGAGCAAUUCUAGUGCUGCUAGCAGACACGAAAAACUCUACAUUCAGUGGAGCUUAAGCUAGCGGAUUAUGAAGAUAAGAACAGGAGAUGUAGCAUCUGUAUUAUUGGGCUGAGUGAGGGUAACGAGGGUGCCAAUGCUAUCCAGUUCCUCUCAUGAUCCAUACCCCAAUGCCUCUCCUCUCUGCACACCGGAUCUACAGCAACGCAGUAACCAAACGAGGGGAAAAUUGCACUUUGAUUUUCAGUGUUCAUUAUACAACCCUCCAAGCCAUUCUUCAUGCUGCUAAGAGCGAGCCCCUCUUCACUAAUGGAAGAACAGUCUGCUUCACCUCUGACUACAGUAACUACAUGGUGAAGCGACACCUGGUCUUCUCCCAGGCCAUGUCCACGGCACGAGCUAAAAGUGUUGAGUUUUUCCUACUCUAUCCUGCCACACUGAAAAUCACAGAUGGCCCACUUUUGCAGAGGAUUUCUUGACCUCAGCAGCAGCAGUGCCGAGCAGAGCCGCUUCACCAUCAACCACCGAGCUGGCUGUGGAUGGCUAGGCUAACAAUGCUUCUGGUGUGGUGCUGCAGCAUUUUUCAGAGCUUACUGGACUUGUUUAAGUUAGCUAGGCUAAUGGUGCUACAGAAACUGAUAAACGUUUCAGUUUCAUACUUCAUAUUGCAGUAAAUUAGCUUUUCUUUUUUUUUUUCACUGGACUCUGGAGGAUGAUAGACACCAGUUUCAUGCAUAGUAUUUCUGAAGGUUCUGGACUGUCCUCCUAGCUGUCUGAGCCGGGUUAGAUCAGGCUGGGCUAGGCUAAUUGCUAGCUUCGGCCUGAUAGGAUAAGGAUGCUAGCGUUGUGAUGUUAUAAACAGCCGCUGAUAACACAUAGACCAGGCUGGCUCUAGCUCACUGGGGUGAAUGUGCUCAGACUGGGCCUGCUAAGGCUAGCUGGGUUAACUAUAUGAUGGAGAACUGAUUACUUCCUUUUUUCUUUUAUAAAUGUUAAAGUUUAAGUUAUUGGUUAGUGUUACGUUCUGGGGUAUGUCCGCGUGUUUUUUGUGUUUUGUUUUCUCUCCCUUUUCUCUCGCCCUCCCUCUCUUUCUCUCUCUCUCUGCAGCAGUCGCCUCAUUGGAUAACGUUCCUGUCUGUCUCAAUUAACCCCGCUGAUGUCAUCGACCGUGACAUCCAAUCAACCUCUGACCCCGCCUAUUUAAAACCCGCUGCCAUUCAUUCAGGAGAAGUCGUUGUUGUCCUGGUUACGUUAAACUAAAACGCUGUUGUAUCUCUGUUUGUUCUGUGUAAAGUUACGCUGCCUUACUGUGUUUGUCCUUGUAUGUCAAUUGUUCCAUGUUUCCCCGCUUUGUGCUAGUCACGUGUUUGUAUGGUUACUUUGUUGUUUGUUACCCUAGUUGUGACUCUGUUAGUGUUGGGGAAAAGGGGACAGGUAAGUACGUCACGUGACAUACAUGGUGCAGCACGCAGGAGGUCCGUUUGUAUUAGACACACUAGGUUAGGAGCGAGCACCACCCUCUGUACUUUUGGUUUGGCUAGUUAGUGUAGGUAGUUAGAGCAUCCUGGAUGCUGAAGAUUUACUUUCUAUCUUUGUUUGUAGUUAGGUUAGAGGGCUAAAUAGGUAGACUUGUUUUGUUUUGUUCAUUUCUUUGCUUUGGUGCCGCUCGCGUCCCUUUUUCCCCUUUGGUGUCCUUUUCUGUCUUACUGU